CUUAACGAAUUAAUUACAAUAAUAAUUAAACGAAGUAAAGAGUUUUAAAAUGUAUAUAAAAUCUUUUUUGUGCUGUGAUAACUUUAAUGUGAUUUAUAUAUGAAUAUAAAAUGAUUGAUUUAAAAGUAUUAUUUACGGUGCUGAUGAUAGCACAAUGUGCUUUAUCAAAUCAACCAAAUGUGGGUGGUAUUUUUUACAGUAACGAUGAAGAUCUAAAAGUCGCUAUGAGUGUGAGCGCAAAAUUAUUUAACUUGACGGCUAUCAUAAAAGAGGUCAGCAAACGAGGGGACAUCCUUGAGAUAACUGGUCACGUCUGCGAUCUAGCUGAAAAAGGCGUUGUUGGAAUUAUUGAUGGAUUAGGUGGCAAAGCGACGGAACACUUACAGGGAAUAUGUGACAUCUUGGAGCUUCCUCUUAUUAAUAUUCAGCACAACGACUUAUACGUGAAGAACUGGUCGCUCAUCAAUCUAUACCCAAGCCCGGUAGCUUUCAAUAUGGCUUUAGAACAAUUAAUAAUAAAAAAGGAGUGGUUAAACUUCACGUUGUUGUACGUUAAGGGCUACAGUCUGUCACAGGUUCAAAGUUUGAUGAAAAUGGGUCACCCUACCGAGCGGGUUACCGUCACGGUGCGGGAAUUGAGUGGCAAGGACUACAGGGAAGUGUUAAUAAACACGAAAAAGAGUGGCCACACAAACUUCGUCGUGGACUGCCCGUCAGGUCACUUGGAACAGAUCCUGAGGCACGCGCAGCAUGUCGGCCUAAUGGCGGACGAACAUUCAUAUGUCUUCGUGUCGCCCGAUUUGUUUACUCUGGACUUGCAUCGGUAUAGAUAUGGUGGUGUUAACAUGACAGGGUUUCAGUUAGUUGAUCUACUAAAGAAUGAACAGUUAAAUGAAUUCAUUUCAUUCUACAAUGAGGAGUCAGGGGAAUCGUUAGCGCCAGAAAAUUUGAAGAUUAAGGUUGUACUUAUUCACGAUGCCAUUUUUAUGUUAUAUCAAGCAAUGACAAAAGUGACUGUGGUACCGACGAGUCUUAGUUGUGACAGCUACGAAUCCUGGACGUACGGCACUACUUUGCUUAACGUUAUGAAAACGAACAAAAUUGAAGGUAUUACUAGAAAUAUGAUUUUCGAUGGUUUCGGUCAAAGAAAUAACGUUACAAUGGACAUAUUGGAGUUAACACCGGCUGGUAAUCAGACUAUAGGUACAUGGAAAUACGACGAGCUUAUUAUGUCAAGGCCAUUCGUAACGGCCGCUGAAAUCGCAGCGGAAACGAUUAUGAGGAAUAAAACGUUUAAAGUGUUAAUUUCUAAGACCGCACCAUAUGGUUACGAAAAAAAAUCCUCCGAUCAUUUAGAAGGCAAUGACAGAUAUGAAGGAUUUACAAUAGAUCUGAUUGAAAAAAUCGCCGACAUAUUGGGUUUUAAUUAUGACUUUGAACUUGAAGAUGACUACGGUGGCUUGAAUCCGACUACUCAUAAAUGGACUGGCAUGAUAGCAAAGCUAAAUGAUGAAAAAGCAGAUUUCGCUAUUUGUGACUUUACUAUAACAGCAGAGAGACAGAGUGCAAUUGACUUUUCUACGCCGUUCAUGACAUUGGGUAUUGGUAUACUUUAUAAAGAACCAAGUAAACAGCCACCUGAAAUGUUUUCUUUUAUGGCCGUAUUUUCUAAGGAGGUGUGGUAUUAUAUGAUGUUCGUACAAAUCGGCUUGGGGGUCAUUAUGAUAUUCGUGGGUCGGAUCUCUAAUAAGGAAUGGCAGAAUCCUGUACCUUGUAUAGAACAGCCGGAGGAGUUAAGCAAUCAGUUUAGUUUUGCGAACUCAGUGUGGCUUAUCAUUGGAUCUGUUAUGCAACAAGGUUCUGAAAUCGCUCCCAUCGCAUUGGCUCCCCGUAUAAUAACAAGUGUAUGGUGGUUCUUCACGAUGGUUAUGGUUGCUUCUUACGUAGGCACGCUCGUAGCUUUUCUUACCGUCGAAAAGAAUGUACUGCCGUUUGAAAAUGUUAAAGAACUUUACGAACACAAAUCUAUUUCCUACGGAGCUAAGAGCAAGGGAUCUACAAUAUCAUUUUUCAGGAACUCAUCUGUUCCUGAGUAUAAAAAAAUGUACGAAAAAAUGGAGAAAAACGGUUGGCUCGUGGCCGAUAAUGACAUAGGAGUUAAAUUAGCAGAGACAAAGACAUAUGCAUUCUUCAUGGAAUCUACUUCCAUAGAAUAUACCACGCAGAGACACUGUGAUCUACUCCAAGUGGGUGGAUUGCUUGACUCCAAGAGUUAUGGAAUUGGUAUGAAAAAAGGGUCCCCUUAUAAAAAAUACAUUGACGAAGCUUUGUUGAAACUUAAAGAGAGCGGUGAGAUUAAAAAGUUAAAGGAUUUAUGGUGGAAAGAAAAAAUGGGAGGGGGGAAAUGUAGUGAGAAACGAGACGAAGAACAGAAACAAUUGGGAAUGAAGAAUAUGUUAGGAGCAUUCGUAGUCCUCGGUGUGGGCUGUUUGAUUGGCAUAUUAAUUUCAACACUCGAUAUGUUGUGGGGUGUGUUCAAGAGAUCUGUUAAAUAUAACACGACGUUCAAGUAUGAGCUGGUAGAAGAGUUAAAAUUUGCUCUCAAGUUCAACGGAGACAUCAAGCCACUCAAGCGACCGCCUAAGACUGGUAGCGGAAGCGCCGAAGCCCUAGCUGAAUUAGAAGGAAAGGAUGAUAUAACAUCACUUCGGUCCCUUCGCUCAGCCAAAUCCAGCGACUCACACAGGACUCACCAUUCUCAUAAUUCGAAGCAUUCCUCUGGAGGCCUGAGCGUAGCAUUUGCUCGACGCAGAGAUUAUUCUUAAAAUAUAA